AUGGAGCUUCAGCGUGAAUUGGCCCGAAAGAUACCUAUUAAGGGAAUUCUUACAUCUAAUGGUCCAAUCACAUUGAUAAGAAAUGAAGAGUAUGCUUGGCGUGUAUUAAAGAAGGGAGAUGUGGUUGAUAUUAUAGAGUUAUCCCUAAUGAUACCUAAUCUACUCAUGAUAUAUACCUUCGUGAGGACAUGGGAGGUUGAUAAAUAA